AUGGUUUUGGAAGGUAUUAGACCGGACUCCGUAACAAUGCUUAGCGUAGCUGAGGCUUGUGGUGACUUGGGGUUCUUAAAAUUAGCAAGGUCUAUCCAUUGUUAUAUAGUGAGGAGGAAGAUUGAAAGUGAUGGAUCAUUGGCCAGUUCUCUUGUUCCAAUGUAUAGCAAAUGUGGUGACUUGGGUAGUGCAGAGAGAAUCUUUGUAAAUGUAACGAAACGUAGUACUUCACUGUGGACAGCGAUUAUUUGCAGUUAUCAUAGGAAUGAUAGGUUUGUAGAAGCGUUACAAUCCUUUGUUUCUAUGUUAGACUCUCGCGUCGAACCCAAUUCGGUGACCAUGAUGAGUGUUUUAGGCUCUUUUGCAGGGUUAGGAUGGCUUAGAGAAGGGAAGUUGGUUCAUUGUUACAUAAUUAGGAGAGAAAUGGAUCUUGACUAUGAUGUUUUGGGGUCAGUUUUCAUAGAACUAUAUAUGAAAUGUGGAGAGUUAAACUAUUGCGAAAACGUUCUUUGCAUCGUCGGAGGAGGAAGUAGUGUGGCAUGGAAAUCAUCUCGAUUUACUAGGGGGUUAAUGCCUGAUUCAUUUAGCCUUGCAAGUUCUCUCUCAGCUUGUGCUGAUGGAGAACUAGCAUACAUGAUAUUUGAUGAGAUCAAAGAGAAGAGUGCUGUAAUGUGGAAUCCCAUGAUUUGUGGAUUCCAUCAAAAUGGAAAUUCUGUGGAGGCAAUUAGCCUCUUCGAUCAAAUGUACUUGAACGGUCUUGAGAUGAAUGAUGAGACCUUCUUAAGUGUGCUUCAAGCAUGCUCCAAUCUGGGUUACCUGGAGGAGGGGAAAUGGCUUCACCACAAGCUGCUUACCUACGGUGAAAGGACGGAUCUCUAUAUCGGUACAGCUUUAACAGAUAUGUAUGCCAAGUGCGGAGAUCUUCUAACAGCACAAAGGGUUUUCAAUAGCUUACAGAAUCAUCAAAUCGAUGCCAUUGAAACUAAUAACUUUAGAUCAUAUACGGACCAUAUAUGCAAAAGAUCGUACAGAAAUGGUAGAAGAGGGAAGAUCCAGGACUCCUCAUGA